GCACGCAACCAUGUUUCCGUCUUUUUCACUUUCCAAUGAUGUGUUUCGAAGGGUAGCUCCUUUUCGUUAAAAUUUUUAAUUUAAUUAGUUAUUUAUGCAUAAUAAGAUCAUAUCCUGUUUAAAAAAUAAGUUAUCCGUGAUCAAAUAAUCGUGUAACGAUUGAUGACCUAAAAUGGUCCAUCCGAAGAUAAUUAAAAAGGAUGGAAAUCCUGACCAAUUCGAAACCUCCAUCGCCCAAGCUCUGUUGGAGUUGGAAGUCAACAGCGAUUUGAAAGCCCAGCUUAGAGAAUUACACAUUUCAAAAGCUAAAGAAAUCGAUUUAUUUGGCAAAAAGUCUAUCAUUAUUUACGUGCCGAUGCCUCAAAGAGGCCAAUUUCAAAAAAUCCAAACACGGUUAGUUCGCGAACUCGAGAAGAAAUUUAGUGGGAAACACGUCGUGUUCGUCGGUGAUAGAAAAAUCUUACCUAAACCUACCCGAAAAACCAGAAUGAAGAAUAAGCAAAAAAGACCAAGAAGCCGUACUCUUACAUCUGUUUACGACGCUAUUUUAGAAGAUUUAGUUUACCCUGCUGAAAUUGUUGGCAAACGUAUUCGAGUAAAAUUAGACGGAAAACAAAUCAUCAAAGUUCAUUUGGAUAAAACCCAACAAACCAACAUCGAACAUAAGGUUGAAACUUUUGCAUCGGUGUACCGUAAAUUAACUGGACGCGAAGUGACGUUUGAAUUUCCGGAACCUUAUUUGUAAUCUUUCUACGAUGUUUUGAAAAAAAAAUUACAAGUUUUUAUCUAAA